AACAACUAUUUUAAAAAAGCCGGGAACGACCGUCUUUCUUCUCUGUGCGGCGAGUUAUCAUCAGAGAGAGAGAAAACGAUAGAUUAGUUUAUUUCGAUUCGUCGGAAAAAAGGAAUCGGAGUCGGAGAUGGAAGCGUUUCUGAAAGAAUUCGGAGAUUAUUAUGGAUACCCAGAUGGUCCCAAUCACAUCAAUCAGAUCCGCCACUCCCAGUUCAAGCGAUUAGAAGAUCAAGGUGUUGUUUACUUGGAUCAUGCUGGUUCUACUUUGUAUUCUGAGUUGCAGAUGGCUGAUAUCUUUAAGGACCUUACUAGCAGUGUUUUUGGAAAUCCACAUAGUCAAAGUGAUAUCAGUUCUGCGACCAGUGACAUUAUAGCCGAUGCUCGACAUCAGGUGCUUGAAUACUUCAAUGCUUCUCCUGAAGAUUACAGUUGCAUUUUCACCUCCGGAGCCACCGCAGCGCUUAAGCUUGUGGGAGAGACAUUUCCGUGGACCCAAGACAGUUAUUUUUUGUAUACCAUGGAGAAUCACAACAGUGUACUUGGUAUCAGGGAAUAUGCAUUAGCUCAAGGUGCUUCAGCAUGUGCUGUGGAUAUUGAAGAGGCUGCUGACCAACCAGGAGGCCACCUCACAAAUUCAGGACCAUUUAUCAAGGUAACGCAUCGUGAUGUGCUGAUGAGAAACACUCUCCAAAAGGAAGAGUCAAGAGGAGAUGCCUAUAAUCUAUUUGCUUUCCCCUCAGAGUGCAACUUUUCCGGCCUCAGGUUUAAUCUAGAUCUGGUGAAUUUGAUCAAAGAAAAUACUGAAACCACGCUACAAGGUUCUCCCUUUAGCAAGAGCAAGCGGUGGAUGGUCUUGAUUGAUGCUGCAAAGGGUUGUGCUACACUACCACCUGAUUUAUCGGAGUAUCCUGCAGAUUUUGUUGCUGUGUCAUUCUACAAGUUAUUUGGUUAUCCUACUGGGCUUGGCGCUCUCCUUGUACGGAAUGACUCAGCCAAAUUGCUCAAAAAGACUUAUUUUAGUGGAGGCACUGUUGCGGCUUCUAUUGCUGACAUUGACUUUGUAAAAAGAAGGGAAAGGGUGGAAGAGUCUUUUGAGGAUGGUUCUGCUUCAUUCCUGAGCAUAGCAGCCAUCCGUCAUGGCUUCAAAUUACUCAAGUCGCUUACACCUUCUGCAAUUUGGAUGCACACAACGUCACUUUCCGUAUAUGUAAAAAAGAAACUUCAGGCUUUACGACAUGGAAACGGCGCUGGUGUAUGUAUUCUGUAUGGCAGUGAAAAUCUGAAGUUAUCUUCACAUAAAUCAGGCCCAACGGUUACAUUCAACUUGAAAAGACCUGAUGGCUCUUGGUUUGGUUACUUGGAGGUGGAAAAGCUUGCUUCUUUAUCUGGAAUUCAGUUACGGACAGGAUGUUUUUGCAAUCCUGGCGCAUGUGCAAAGUAUCUCGACUUAUCUCAUUCUGAUCUAUUGUCUAAUGUAGAGGCUGGCCAUAUUUGCUGGGAUGAUAAUGAUGUGAUAAAUGGAAAACCAACAGGGGCUGUUAGGGUUUCGUUUGGUUAUAUGUCAACCUUGAAGAGGCCAAGGUAUAAAUUUGUUGAUUUCAUCAUAAGUUCAUUUGUUUCACCUCCCAAGAAGAUUGGGAAUGGAAAUGUCAGUGGAAGGUUUCCUCAACUUCCUAGUGAAGAACUUGAAAGUGAAGUAUCUUUUCCAAGCCACUACCUUGAGUCAAUUACUAUAUACCCAAUCAAGUCAUGUGCUGGUUUUUCUGUGAUGCGAUGGCCACUUUGCAGAACAGGCCUGCUGCAUGAUCGAGAAUGGAUGGUUCAGGGUCUGACAGGCGAUAUUCUUACCCAAAAGAAGGUACCUGAGAUGUCUCUUAUAAGAACCUUUAUCGACCUUGAGGAAGGGCUACUGUCUGUAGAAUCCUCUCGCUGCAAAGACAAGUUGCACAUAAAAAUCAAGUCUGAUUCACAUGCCAACAUACUUGACAACCUUAACGAGGAAACGAGAAUCAAUAGUUGGUUCACCAAUGCCAUUGGUCGACAAUGCAAGUUGCUACGGUAUUCUAGCUCUACUUCAAAACACUGCUUGAACAGAAACAAGAGUCCUGGUUUGUGCAGAGAUUUGGAAAGCAAUAUCAACUUUGCUAAUGAAGCUCAGUUCUUGUUAAUCUCCGAGGAGAGUGUUGCUGACCUAAACAGAAGAUUGGAAGCAAGUACGUUUCCAUCACCUUUUAAUCUUACAUCUUGUUCCUUUUCGCUCGAUUAA